AUGGACAUGAAGAAGAGGCUCACCUUGGAGCUGAGGAACAGGAAGGCGGCUGAGGUUAAAGAGAUGGUUUUGGAUAACUGCCGCUCAGAUGAUGGCAAAAUUACAGGCCUCACAGCAGACUUUGUGAACUUGGAGUUCCUGAGUAUGAUCAAUAUCAACUUAUUAUCUGUGUCCAAUCUUCCAAAACUCGAGAAAUUAAAGAAGCUUGAACUCAGUGACAACCGGAUUUCUGGAGGUUUAGAGGUUCUUGCAGAGAAAACACCAAACCUGACGCACCUAAACCUCAGUGGAAAUAAAAUUAAGGACAUUAACACACUUGAGCCUCUGAAAAAACUAACUCAUCUCAUGAGUUUAGACCUGUUCAACUGCGAAGUGACAAUGCUGAAUAACUACAGAGAGAGUGUAUUCGCAUUGCUGCCGCAGCUAACUUACCUAGAUGGCUUUGAUGCUGAUGACCAGGAAGCUCCAGAUUCCGACCCAGAACCAGAUGGAGAAGAUGCAGAUGAAAAUGGAGAAGUAGAUGGAGAGGAUGAUGAAGAUGAGGAAGAACUUGAUGAAGAUGAACUUGAUGAGGAGGAUGAAGAUGGAGAGGAUGUGGAAGAAGAGGAGGAAGGAGAAGAGGAGGAAGAUGAAGAUGACGGUAUGUUAAUUGAGGAUAAAAAGGAUGUACCCCAGGGAGAAAAACGAAAAAGGGAUUUGGAAGACGAAGGAGAGGAGGACUUUGAUGAGGAGGAAGAAGAGAUGAUGAAUAAAAUUCAAAAGGCUACUGGAUCUUUUUAUAUGGACUGUCUGGGCUGGCCACCAGUGCAUGUGACAGUGUCUGCUGAUGGGUCACUGUAUACCGCUGUUCACCGCCACCCUGUUCAACUUUUUUGUUUUUUCCCUUUUUGUGUAGAUGUGUAG